AUUCCGAUAGUAACAGUCAGAAACACAUUAUUCACAAAAUGACGGCAGGCAGGAAAGCAAUAAUCGCAUUUUUCUUGAAUAAGUUUAGACUAAUUCAGUUAGAACCUGGAAAACAUAAUUAUAAAACGUAUUUGUUACUAAUAUUUAUUCUCGCAUCACAUGCUAUUCAAAUUUAUUAUGGUGGAAUGCUAGUGGCAAAAAGUGAUAAGUUUCUUACAAUGGCAAAAGGAGUUAAAUCAAUCAUAGUAAAUUUUCAAGUGGGUAAAAUAAUUGCUGGACUUCGUGAAGAUGAUAUUGACUACUUACUUAGAGACACCGAAAAAUUCUGGAAUUCUGAAUCUACAGAAAAAAUGUACAAGCUUGCACUGCGAGGAGCGCAAGCAUUUCAGAAUCUUAUAUAUGCCGCAUAUGCUGUCAUUGUAAUUAUUCCCAUUGCAAUGGGCAGCCUUCCGUUUGAUCUUUAUAUUCCUGAAUUUCCUGGUGCGUUUUGGUUGCUUGCAGCAUUGCAAUGUCUACAAUUUCUCUACGCAAUGGUAAUUGUGAUUGCCGUUGACUGCUUAUUUCUGUGUCUUUCGCUAUUUGUCUUGGCUCAAUUUCAAUUAUUGAAUAAACGUCUUGAGAGAUUGGGCAAGAAUUCGAACAUUAUGUAUGAAGAGGCAAAAAUUUGUGUUACACGUCACGAUUUUUUAAUGCAAUACACUGAAAGAUAUGCAGGCAUGUUUCGCUAUGCGUUGCUUUCGCAAUACUGUAUCACGACUUUAAGUGUUUGUGUAGAAAUGUUUGUCUUCACAAAACAAAAUGUGGUAGGAAUGGCAGUAAGCUGUUUCUAUUUAAUUGCAUUACUGUUUCAACUGGCUUUGUAUUGUUUUCCGGCUGAUAUGGUUAUUCAAGAGGCAUUGUAUUCUAGUCAAGCAAUAAUCAACUCAAAGUGGUAUGAACAUCCACGAUUUGCGAAAAUAUUUGUUCAACAUAUAAUUCGUCGCUCGCACAAAAUAAUAGUUUUCAGCGCUGCUGGAUUGGUUAAUAUAAACCGCGUUGCGUUUACCAUGAUUUUCAAGUGGUCAGUCUCCUUUUAUGCGUUAAUGCGCGACAUGGCAAAAAUAAUAGAUUAAUGUACCAAUUUUUAAAAAUAUUUAAUAGUCAAUAUAUUUGUGCUUUUUAUAUCACAUGCUAAUAAAUCGUUACAGUGUUACCAAUCUGUGAUAGAAGGGGCCGGCUAAGAGUACGGCACGUACUUAAUACUGCAAGUUUUAUAAGUGCAAAGUAUUAAUUUCAUAGUGGAAAGCAUUUUAUUCAAGUGGAAUCCAUUUUUCAAA